AUGCAAAGGGUAAUUCUUGUUGGUAUCCUGUUCGCAUUAUCAUUUCCUUUACAAGUUCCAGCUGAUAAUUCAAAUAGAAAAGUGAAUAGGCCAAAGCGGAUACAUUAUAGAGAUACAUCAACACCGUCUUUGCAUCCUAAUUUUGUAUCUACACCAUCGUCUAUGCAACCAACUGUUGUAUCUACACUUAAUGACACAAAAGGAGUACCUUCUACGACUCUUUUAUCACCUUUAUCAACGGUUGCUCCUAAUAAUACUAAAACGAACACAACAACUGUAACGAACAUAACCUUAAAUAGUAACAAUAAUACAACAGGAAACAUUACAACAGGAAACAAUACAACAGGAAACAAUACAAUAGGAAACAAUACAAUAGGAAACUAUACAACAGGAAAUGAUACAACAGAUAAUGAUACUUUCGUUGAUGUGAUGACACCUCCAGUAAUUAUUACAAUCACUACACCUGCACCUUCAAAGAAUCUCUUAUUUAAGAUAGGGACGAAUAUUACAUUUGCUUGGAAAUAUUCUGCAAAUUUUUCCAUUAAACCGAAAUAUAUUAAUGUUCUUGCACAACCAUCUGUAAAUUUGGAAGAAUACCUUACAAUUGUUGCUAAUGCAUCAGGAAAUAUUACAUCUGUAAUUUGGGAUACGUCAAAAGAUAUGUCUUUACCGGUAACUAAAUAUAAAUUAUAUAUAUUUGAUGAAAGAGGAAAAGAUGCUGGUAUAUCACCUGGUAGGUUGUUGCCAUAUUCUGGUCUUUCUUUCUCUUUAUAUCAGCCACAGGAUCGCGUAGAUAUUUCGCUUUUUCGCAAAAAUUCUAUUAUGAGCAACAUUACAAACACAGAAACUCCAACUUCUAAUAAUACAGUUUUCAGAAACACAACUACUAAUUUUGAUUUAUCAAAAAUUGAUUCUAAUGUUAAAGCAUAUAUCAAUGCA